AGGGAAAAGUCUUUUUUUCAUCACAUUCCUGUUUUUCUUUUCUUUCUUUCUUUUUUCUUUUUUUCCUCAGCCUGGAAAACAUAUUAAUCCCAGCGCUUUUACUCCCGGAAACAAAGGGACUGAGCCAGACUGUGGGAGAAAGGGUGAUAAGAAGGAUCCUGGAACUCUUAAGAGGAGGGAAAGAGUGAGCUUUCAGAAAUCACCAGGACUUUAAGGGACAUUUCAGUUGCUACAAGGAACUGGCAGACAGAGACACACCAGACCCAGGAAAAACUGCAGACAAAUGGAGAUACAAAGACGUACAAGGACAGCUCCUUCCACUUCAUCUCACUGGUCUAGAAGGUGAAAAGACACAGCCAGGAAAGAAACGGAAUCAGCUCAGCUCUCAAACCAGGACAGGCUGGGAACCCUGGUGCUUCUUUGCAAACUGGACCUGAAGCCCACUUCUUUUCUAAUCACUUAACCUCAACCAGGAGUCAGGGGACGGUGAGGAGAAGGAUUUCAUCUAGAAACUGUCCUGGGAACUGAACUUCAAAUUUCUUUAGAAAAACCUCUGCAGUCCAUCUCUAUAAGCCACAAUACCCCCACUGCCUUCCCAAAGUGGUUUACACAAUGAUGUGGAGAAUGGGACCCUGUCUGACCAUGCUGGUGGCAAUGUGGCUGGUAUGUGCAUCAGAACCUCGCCCCCCUGCCACCAAUAGAAGAGCCCAUGAAGGUCAGAAAGUGCCCUUGGUCUCCACACCCAGCAGCAGAGCUGCUCAGUUUUUGAGGCACACAGGGCGAUCUCGUGGAAUGGAGAGGUCCACUGUGGAUGAGCCAAAUCUUCAGCCUCUCCAAAGAAGGAAGAGUGUGCCAGUAUUGAGACUAGCUCGCCCAGGGGUGUCCCCAACCCCCUUGGGCAUCAAUGAGGACCCUGUGAGACCUGAGCUGAGACCCACAGCCCGAAGCUCCCCUCGAGAGAUGGUCCGAGAUGAAGGGUCUUCAACUCGGUCAAGAAUGUUACGUGUCCCCUCUGGAUCCAACUCUCCCAACAUCCUGGCCAGCUUCGCGGGGAAGAACAGGGUGUGGGUCAUCUCAGCUCCUCAUGCCUCAGAAGGCUACUACCGUCUCAUGAUGAGCCUCCUGAAAGACGAUGUGUACUGUGAGCUGGCCGAGAGGCACAUUCAGCAGAUCGUGCUGUUCCACCAGGCAGGCGAGGAGGAGAGUAAGGUGCGAAGAAUCACCAGUGAGGGCCAGAUCAUGGAGCAGCCCCUGGACCCCAGCCUCAUACCAAAGCUCAUGAGUUUCCUGAAGCUGGAGAAGGGCAAGUUUAGCAUGGUACUCCUGAAGAAGACACUACAGGUAGAGGAGCGCUACCCUUACCCAGUCAGACUGGAGGCCAUGUAUGAGGUCAUCGACCAAGGCCCUAUCCGCAGAAUAGAGAAGAUCAGACAGAAGGGUUUUGUCCAGAAGUGUAAGGCAUCUGGGGUAGAGGGCCAGGUGGUAGAGGAGGGGAAUAAUGGAGAAGGAGCAGGAAGGCCAAGCCUGGGCAGCGAGAAGACAAAAGAGGACCAGAAGAAAGCACAGAUCCUCCCAACCAGAGAGCCUCGGGUGAAGGUGAUGAGAAAACUGGCUACCACCAAGGCAGUUACUCCCUCUCCACCACCCACCCCAAGGGCCACCACCCUUCUUCCUGCUCCAGCCACAACAGCCACGAGGGCCACUGCCCGGGUGGUCACAGUAGCUGCAAGACCCACCACCACCACUCCCUUUCCUACCACCCAAAGGCCCUGGACCCCCCGACUACACCCCAUCUCAGCCUCCCACAGGCCCCCCGCAACAGUGGAGGUGCCCACUGCUAGGGGCUCCUCAGUGUCAGAGAAUCUGUACCCUCUACCUAGGAAGGAGCAGCCGAGGGAGAGGCCACAGGCCACCAAGAAGCCCAGCAAGGCCACCAGCUUUGAACCUUUCACAGCCGCCCCUCCCACCACCAUCUGGGCUCCCACAAGAACUGUAGGCCAGGGCCGCUUCCGGGACAACCGCACAGACAGACGGGAACAUGGCCACCAAGACCCAAAUAUCGUGCCAAGUCCUCACAAGCCAAGCAAGGGGAAACUCGCCAAAAAGAAGGCCCAGGACAAAAUUCUUAGCAAUGAAUAUGAGGAUAAGUAUGACCUGAGCCGGCCUACUGCUGCUCAGCUGGAGGAGGAGUCACAGGUCUCGAACUCGCCUUCCCAAAGUGCAAAAGAGUCUAAACAACAUGACAAGCUUCAGAAACCUGAGAAGGAGAAGAAAAAAAAGGUGAAGAAUGAGAAACCAGAUAAGUUACUCAAGAGUGAGAAGCAAAUGAAGAAGGCGGAGAAAAAGAGCAAGCAGGAGAAAGAGAAGAGUAAGAAGAAAAAGGCAGGGAAAACAGAGCAGGGUGGCUAUCAGAAACUCACAACGAAGCAGCCACCUCCGAACCCCAAGAAAUCAGUGACUGACCUGCUGGGGUCCUUUGAAGGCAAACGAAGACUCCUUUUGAUUACUGCUCCCAAGUCUGAGAACAACAUGUAUGUGCAACAGCGCGAUGAAUACCUGGAGAGCUUCUGCAAGAUGGCCACCAGGAAAAUCUCCGUGAUCACUAUCUUCGGUCCUGCCAACAACAGCACCAUGAAAAUUGACCACUUCCAGCUAGAUAAUGAGAAACCCAUGCAUGUGGUGGAUGAUGAAGACUUGGUAGACCAGCAUCUCAUCAGUGAACUGAGGAAAGAGUACGGAAUGACAUACAAUGACUUCUUUAUGGUGCUGACAGAUGUGGAUCUGAGAGUCAAGCAAUACUAUGAGGUGCCAAUAGCAAUGAAGUCUGUGUUUGAUCUGAUCGAUACUUUCCAGUCUCGAAUCAAAGAUAUGGAGAAGCAGAAGAAGGAGGGUAUUGUUUGCAAGGAGGACAAAAAACAGUCCCUGGAGAACUUCCUAUCCAGGUUCCGAUGGAGGAGGCGGUUACUGGUGAUCUCCGCUCCCAAUGAUGAAGACUGGGCCUAUUCACAGCAGCUCUCUGCCCUCAGUGGCCAAGCAUGCAAUUUUGGUCUACGCCACAUAACCAUUCUGAAACUUUUAGGAGUUGGAGAAGAAGUUGGAGGAGUUUUGGAAUUGUUCCCAAUUAACGGGAGCUCCAUUGUUGAGCGGGAAGAUGUACCAGCACAUCUUGUGAAAGACAUUCGUAAUUAUUUUCAAGUGAGCCCAGAGUACUUCUCUAUGCUUUUAGUGGGAAAAGAUGGAAAUGUCAAAUCCUGGUAUCCUUCUCCAAUGUGGUCCAUGGUGAUUGUGUAUGACUUAAUUGACUCCAUGCAACUUCGGAGACAGGAAAUGGCCAUUCAGCAGUCACUGGGGAUGCGCUGCCCAGAAGAUGAGUAUGCAGGCUAUGGUUACCAUAGUUACCACCAGGGAUACCAGGAUGGCUACCAAGAUGACUACCGUCAUCAUGAAAGUUACCACCAUGGAUACCCUUAUUGAAGAGAAAUCUGUAACCUUAACCCUAGUCUGUUUCCCUGCAGUUGCUAAAGCCACACGUGGCCAGCUACAAUAAGGGAGUUCUUCCAUACUGUCUACACCCCCUGUGUUCUUUUGCAGUGUUCUUCCAAGAUAAAAUAAAUAGCAAACAUUUCCCUA